CUCCCGAUAAAAAAUAAUGGAAAGAGCCACAAUACUCCGUAGUGAGGAAGAUAUCUUUCUCCUCCGUCGAACUCUCUAUUGCGGCCAAAGUACUUACUUGGUUAAAAUGCGAAUGAACAUAGGCUUCCUCGUCGGCACUUUUGGUGUCCUGUUCCUCCCCCACGCUGCCUACUACACGAUCCAGUACAAGGCUUUGCUCAAGAUCACCCAGGAAGAGUUCUCUGGUCCUCCCUUUGACGUGGUUAUUAAGUUGAUUAUAGGGUUAUUAUUGUGCAUGUGGGCCGCCCUCACAGUGCCCGGGAAGUUUUUGUCUAUUCAUCCUCAAUCGGAUGAGAACAGGUUAGUCAUUAAAAUGCUCAAAAGUGAAGAGAAAAUUAUAGUCAUGAACCAAAAGUUUAACAAAGUCAAAGUCAGAGACGAACUGUAACAGGCGUAUAUAUACCCUUCCCCCUCAGUGCCUCACAGGGCCAACAUUUCUUGGAAGCCAAUUAAUUACAUUUUAUUAAUGGAAUACGCUUUCUAACUUCCAAGUAGUGAAUAUACUGUAUUAAAUUGAUGGCCCUCUCUGACGUGUAGGGUUGUUGCUCAACCUGAAAAUCUGGAUUUUAUGAUUUUCAAUCACCGUGGGAAAGCAUUUCCUCAGGAAGUAGUUGAUUUCAAGUUGAAGCGACACUUCUAGGAAAACUGAGGAAGUCUUGUUCACUUGGGGGUCCUUUACGGUCUCUAUAAUCAGUUUAUUCGGUGAUAAUGUGAAACUACCACAGCAUGAAUAUAUUUUAUUUAAGCUUCUUAAGUAUUAUAAUCGCCUCUACGCUUCAACCUUGUGAGAAAGGGAAAUGUCUUUUCGCUACAUGAGUACAUUGGUCUGGAGUUUAUACUCUUUCCUCCGGCACCGGAAAGAAUGUUGUUUUUCUUUGAAAAGUGGUUUCCUUUUUCUUUUUGUAAAAUAAAUCAAUUUCUGCUUGUCAUUACAAAGCUCUUAGAUGAUAAGUAAUUGUUCACUUUUCUAACAAGUUUGUGGUUUUGUUGAGAUGGUGAAUAUGUUUCGUAGUGCAGUCACAAUUAUUGUAGUUGUUACUUAUUAUGAUAUAAAUGCAUUGAAUAUGAAAGGUAGA